UCCAAAGACGACGGAGCUGCUGCUCACAUGGCUUCCGCCACUCGAGCUCAGCGCUCCAACCAGGGGCUGGGCGGCGUCGGACCUCGACGUCCCAGGCAAUCGGGACCCCGCCAUGCCAUCCAUCCACAUCAUCGGGCCUCAUCUCGAGAGGAGAGUCGUCUCGUCACCAACACGGCUCGCGUGAACCCUCAUCCCCCUCCGCUGCAGCAGCUCCAGGAAACGACAAGACCAUGGCCAUGCCCGCCACGUCGUGACAGCGCGCCCUUUGCCGCGCUGCCUUGGUCGACCAUCUAGCUCCUUGGUCUCGCGUCACCCUCAACUUGACACAUCGUCAGCACCAGCCCUCCUCCCGCCGCCUCGUCGAAACCAGCAGAGGGCACUGUACUCUCCGACAUCCGCAUCGGCGAACAAAGGUCGACCGACGAACGUCCCUCGAGCGGAUCCCCCGCACGGUUCGGGCGUCUCGUCGACUGCAGAAUAUAGGCCGAGGUGUUCAGUCGCUGCUGCACCCGCCGGCCAGGUCUCACCGCGGCAGAGACACUGGCAAACGAGCCCCGCGAGAGGGUGACCCAUCUCAGAAUACCAGGAGCACAGCUGCGUAUGCCCCAAACCAGCAGGCCCUGCCACAAUUGCCGCCGCCGCCGCCUGCGCUGCGAUCGCUCAUGGCCGACGUGCCACAAAUGCGCGGUCUCGGGGCAGGAAUGCCUCGGGUACGGCAAGGUCUUCGUCUGGACGCAAGCCCUCGACGCACAGGGGAAUAACCUCCGGCCGCCGCCCCCGCCUGCCGCGGCGGCUUCAGCAGGCUCCUUGUCGGCGACGGUGAGCCCCUCGCGCUACCACCAGGAGCGGAUGGUGCGGGAGCGUCAACGACAGCAGGGGCAACAACAGCAGCAUGGACACUUUACCCAGCAGCAGCAGCAACAACAGCAACAGCAAGAACAGGAAGAGAACCAGCAGCGUCAACCGUGGCGGCCCAAUGAUGGCGCGGUUCCCGACGCCAGGCACCAGGCGCAGGGGUGGUGCGAGCCCAUGAGUGUGCACGAGAGCAGGGAUGCCUCCAUCGACAAUGGUCCAGACCCGGGAGGGGCAGCCGAUGGAGAAAUGCAAAGAGCUGUUGGUAGCGAAGCCGACGAAGUAGGAGGUGGAGGAGGAGGAGGAGCUGCUGCUGCGGGAGCAGGACAGCACAGCAUGUCGCCGCUGCAGGACGAAGAGGGUCACGGGUUCAGGCACGGGCUCUCAUCAAACCAUCAGCAUAAGCACGAGCGCCACCAACACCAACAUCUUCAACUCCAGCAUCGUCAACUCCACCCGCCUCUUCUCCUCGAUCAGCCUCAGCACCAGCACCAGCAGCAGAGACAGAGACGCGAGCAGCAGCGACACUACACAGUUUCGCUGGGCUUCCUUAACCGGCAACCCCAGUUACCACGCGAUCAUGGGAGCGUUAGUUCCAUUUCGGACGCCACCAGUUGGUAUCCAUCGCCCUCAUCGGCCGGUGUCACGCCUGGCGAUGUCGCCCCGGGCCGAGAUUACUUCGCACCCCGCGGCAGAGUCGCCCUCAGCGCCUUGACUGACCCCGUGUUCCAAGACCUGGACCGGACCUCACGGUACUACCUGGCCCACUUCGCCGACCACGUCUGCAAGGAUCUCGUCGCCCGCGAUGGCCCUGGAAACAACCCGUUCCGGGAGCUCAUCCCACUCACGACGAGGCACCCACUGCUCCUCCACAUCCUCGUGGCCACGUCGGCCAUUCACUGGUCUAACCUCUUUCGUCCCAUUACCACGAUUCCCACGGGAUUAACGGAUCCUGGCGGCUACCUUGCCCAGCUGCGAGCCAAGGACCUGGUGUCGCGCGCAGCCCUUAUCGAUGCCCUUACCGCCAAGCAGACGGCCAUGCUCCACCUUCGCCAGGUUCUCGACACGCUGGAUCCCGCAGGCAGCGAAGUGGCCCUGGCAGCGAUGCACUUUUUCAUCCGUUUUGACCUAAUCGACCUGGAAAGGAAUGGCGACAAGGGGUGGCUCACACACCUUGAUGGCGCCAGGAGCAUUCUAGCCGUCCUGUCUCCCUCUGCCGCUGCCACAAGCUCAUCGAGCAGGAUGUUGCGGGACUGUGUCAUUGCUGACUGUUUUAUAUACCACGCCCUUGGAUCGACUCUUGCUUCAGGCGCCCUUGCGGCGCGCAUUGCUCGCUAUGCAGUCGAGGUGCUUCCCGUAUUGGAGCGAGUCGAAACCAACAGCUACCUUUCGUGUCCCGCUGCCGUGCUGCAGGUCAUAUUGAGGGCGUCUGAGUUCUCAUACGAGAGCGAGUCGUUUGGCACCACGUUGACUCUGGGGGCCGCCGAGGAGGCACUUGAGCUCAUCCGUAACCUGCGAGCAUUCGACAUGGACGCGUGGGCUGCAAAGCUCCGUACGGACGUGCGGAGCCGGGCCCAUGUCGCAUCGGCUCAUCGCGGAGCAGCGUGUCUUUAUGUACUCCAGGCACUCCCCCUGGCGCGAGCGGCGCGACCCGUGGACCCGGAUUCUCUCGUUGACGAGAUCCUCAUGCAUCUGAGCCAGCUCGACGAGGGGGACCCCUACUUCAAGGCAACGUCUUGGCCGACAUUUAUCGCGGGCGCCGAGACGCGUGAUCCCGAUAAGCGAAUGUGGACGCUCAAACGCCUCUUGUCAAUCUGGAAGAUUUGCUCCUGGGGGUACAUAUUCACGGCCAUUGAGAUGCUCAAAACGACGUGGGACAUGCAGGACCGGCACGACGCGAUGGUCGGCGGAGACAGGCCAUUGCAAGGCAGCGUCAAUUGGCUCAAAGAUCUCAAAGCCAUGGGAUUUGACUACCUCAUUGUCUAAAAAAAAAUUGGUCACUUGCGGCAUUUUUAUGGGUGUGCAAACUACUUACUGUCUUUGGCUGUCCCGCUUAUCUCGUCACGGCAUUGUAACAGCGUUGUGCAUUUCCGGGAGUAUAGCAAGGGCCACCAAGUGUUUUGGCGAGAGGAGCUUUCAACGUAGGGCAGGGCAUUGAUUGUCGGCAUGGUGUUCAAAAGGGGUGAAGGGAAAGUAUGGAGUCGGUUCACUCCGACCUUGUCUUGUUAUUGUUAUGCGACUACACAGCAUCUGUUUCUUUCUUUACUGUCAUGUCCCUGCAAACGGUCUGCCUGCUGGUGGCACUUGCUGGACGCAACCGACUUUGCUGCCAUGGACGCUGGUGCGUCCUCAAGUCACGGCCAAAACAAAGGACAUACGCGAGAGACUCUUUCCUGUUCUGAAUUUGGAAUGCCGAUGUAUUUUUAGCAGUUGAAGAUGACAUGACCC